UCCCCACCCCCUCCUCUGACUCUCGUCCUUUCCACUUCUCCAUUCCCCAUUUCCUCUUUUCCCCAAACCUUCCCCUCCUGAAUUUGCUGCCCGCACAAAUUAGUAAACUCAAAUCAAGACGAGUAGAGUUCCCUGUGGGCAGGAAAGGGCCGUCGUGGGACCUUAGGGAAUCUCGAGGGCAGGUAUCAUGGAUGUGUCUGGACAGGGCCGCAGUGAUGGCGAGUCAGACAGCCUCUCCCAAGGUGGCAGUCCCCGCUGUCUGUGGUGGCAGGGCCUUGGUCACUGUACGACUGAGGCGGAAGAGCCCAGUUCUCUCGGCUCCCUUAGUUGGCCCUUCCGGGAGCCGCCUGGUCUCUGCAGGAAGGGGAAGGGGCCAAAGCUGGGGGAAGGCGUGGCAGGAAGGGGGGAACUCUGUGGUCAGGGAGCUGCUUGCUGAGCACAGCCGCGCAGUGCCCUCACAGCGUCCGAUCCCCACUCGCGGCCCACACAUCCUGCCCAGGAUGCGUCCAGCAGUGGCCUUUGUCUUGCUCCUUCUGGCUGAACAAGCAGCCGCCCUGGCAGAGCCUCAGCUCUGCUACAUCCUGGAUUCCAUCUUGUUUGUGUACGGCAUUGUCCUCACUGUGCUCUACUGUCGACUCAAGAUCCAGGUGCGGAAGGCGGCAGUAUCCUGUGAGAAGUCAGAUGGCAUUUACACGGGCCUGAGCACCCGCAACCAGGAGACAUACGAGACCCUGAAGCACGAGAAGCCGCCACAGUAACUGGAACAGAUGCCCUUGACCAUGCCCUCCCAGCCCCUGUGGCUGGCACCAUACACGUCUGCCACUAUUCGUGCCCGCUGACUUACUCAUGCUGACGCUACGCCCCCAUGACUGGACCCCAGAGGCUCCGCGUCCCUGCCAGAAACCUGUGCUGAGGUGCUGGUCACUAUGGUUGUGCUCUAGGCUCACCCUGAGCACACCCUCCGCUUCUCCAAUUUCAACCCCCUGAGUGAUGGAGACGGAAUACCACCAAUAAAGCCGCCACACACUGGA